AUGGCUAAAUCUGCUUUAAAAGCUUCUAAAGAAUUUAUAACUUCAAAGGAUUACAAAAAUGCUAUUUCUCAAGCACAAAAAGUGCUAGAUUUUGACCCUUUAAAUUAUAAUGCUUAUGUUUUUCUUGGGAUUUCUUAUUUUAAUUUAUUAGAGUAUGAAGAGAGCGAAAAAGCAUAUAAAAAGGCCUUAGAAAUUGAUAAUGAAACUUAUCUUGCAUGGAAAGAACGUAUUAUCAUUAUAGAUGAAAAGGAUAAAUGUUUUGAUACUAUAGAAAAACUUUUGAAAUAUGUUGAAGAACAGGGUUCACAUAGUCAGAUACUGAAUACUCUUGAAUUAUGCCUUCCUUCUGGGAUGUUCUACAUUUAUCUUGAAGGUCUUAUUCCCAAUGCAAGUGUGACAUAUGUAAAAAUGAUCAAUAUACUUGAACAUUUAGAAAAAGAAAAAAUGAAUAAAGCAAUAGCUAAACAACGUGGAAGGCUUGGUUUUACUCUUGAGGAAAUUACUAAAAGUGUUAAAAAGGCUGUAUUUAUGGAUUCAACGUUAGAAAAAAUUUAUGAAGAAACAAUUAAUUGGGCAGACGAUGAAGAAUUGCGUCGAGAGACUGAAAUAAAAUUGCUUAAUCAUUAUUAUGAACAUCUUAAAGUUAUUGAUUCAGAUGAAAAACCACUUAAAAGAGAAAAGGUUUUAAAGCUUGCACACGAUAUGGUGAUUGUAAAAAAUCCUAAUGUUUUACCAUGGAUAAUUUUUUUUGAGUGGAAAGAUUUUCAAAAGAUUGAUGAAUUAGACAUUGGUGUUAUUCAAGAUUUUAUUUCUUUAUUUUCCGAGCAUCCUAUGUCAUUGUGUCUUCGAGGGGUUUUAUAUUUGUAUUCAAAAUAUUUAGAAUCUUCCAAAAAUGACCCAAAUAAUAAACGAAGCGAUAAUAUAAUUAAUAAUUUAUUGGAAAGUAUUUCUGAUCAAUUGCCUGAUGAUCAUUUAGAUGCUUUUAUUGAUGCGGCUGAAAAAUUGCCAAAUUCACCAUUUUGUCAUCGUUUUUUGGCUAGUUCUUAUCUUUCUAUAAAAGAAUAUGGAAAUGUAUCUAUUGUUUCUAAAGCAGGAUUGAAUGCGCUUUCUAAACUUUCAGAGGAAACAGGAUUAUUACUUCCUUUUACACGUCAAGAUUUAAUAUUUUAUUUAGCUGUAUCAUAUGUAUAUUAUAAAUCGCCAAAAUUUCAUGAUGAAGCAUUAAAAUUAUUUGAUGAAGUACUUGAAUUAUCAUUUAAUAAUGUUAUGGCAUUACAUGGAAAGGCAAUCAUAUUAGAAGAAAAAAAAGACUUUUCUUCUGCUGUGAAUUUACUUUUGAAGGCUGCAGAUUUAGAACCUGAUAAUAUUUUAAUUUUAUCUGAAAUUGCAUGGUGUGAAAUAAAUAUAAAAAAAUAUGAGGAUGGGCUAAAUAAACUUAAUAUUUGUAUAGAAAAAAUGGGAAAUAAUACAGUUCUUUCUAAUCAUGAUAAAGCUGAAAUUUUUUGGAAAAAAGGUGUAGCUCUUUGGGAACAAGAUGACGAAUCAAGGAAAUCCGAAUCAUAUUCUUUUUUCAUAACAUCUUUGAGAUAUGAUCCCAAUUAUUCACGAUCGUUUGUAAAUUUAGGGAUAUUUUAUGCAGAUGUUAUGAAUGAUGAAAACAGAUCUAUGAAAUGCUUUCAAAAAGCAUUUGAGAUAGAUGCUGGGGAAAUUGAUGCAGCGGAAAGGCUUGUAAUUGCAUAUGCAAAAAGAAAAGAAUGGAAUUUGGUAGAAACCAUAGCAAAAAUUGUUAUUUCUGCAGAUAGAAUACAUAGAAGAUAUUGUCAUGAUUUAUCAUGGCCACAACGUUCACUAGGAAUAGCAGAAAUGAAUCAUAAAAGAUAUGACAAAGCUAUUAUUCAUUUUCAAAGUGCUUUGAAGAUAUAUUCAAAUGAUCCUCAUUCUUGGGCAGGCCUUGGAGAGGCAUAUGCUAAAUCAGGGAAAUAUAUAGCGGCAUUAAAAGCUUUAAAUAGAUCUAAAUGUUUAGAUGAAAAUAAUUGGUAUGUACAAUAUUUAAUGGGAGAUGUUCAGAAAUUAUUGGGGAUGUACAAAGAUGCAUGUGAAUCAUAUUAUUCUAUUCUUAAAUCUUAUCCAGAUGAGUUUGUAGUUAUUUUAGCAUUAUCAGAAACCUAUAUUUCUUGGAGUUCCGUAUGGAAAGAAAAAGGAUUUUAUAAAAGAUCAGAAGAGUAUGCUAUUAAAUGUCUUAAAAUAAUUAAAGAGUCAAAUAAUAAUUGUAGUAAUAAUAAAUAUAGUUAUUCCUUGUGGACUAUACUUGGUAAAGCAUGUUUUUUGCUUUCUAGUUUUUUUGUUACUGAUUUAGAAUCAUUAAUUUCAAUAUUAAAUACAUUAUAUAAUGAAUAUAAUUUUGUUAAUGAUAAAUUGGUCCCAAUUAUUGAUAAUUUACCUUUGGAUCAAAAGGAUUUAUUUAAUGAUAAAAAUCUUUCUUUAUUGUUAUGGACAUUUUUAUUUAUGAAAAGAGCUGUUAGAGUUUCUGUGGAAAAUAAAGUUGCACAUUCAAUGUCUUGGUAUAGUUUAGGGCAAAUUUUGUUUUCAAUACAUAUUCAGAAUGCAAAUUUAGAUAAUUCUUGGAUUAAAUCUUCAAUUUAUUGUUUAAAAAGAGCUAUUAAAAUGUAUCCUAAAAAUGCCACUUUUUGGAGAGCACUUGGAGUAGUUACUUCAGUUUUGAAUCCGAAAUUUUCUCAACACGCUUUAAUUAAAUCUUUAAAAUUAGAUGAACAGAAUCCUAUUGCUUGGGGGGACCUCGCAACAUUAUAUAUGAUAAACGGUGAUUUUGAUCUGGCGUAUGAAGCAUUUACAAAAUCCCAAAUAGCUGAUCCAGAUUAUUGGGUUCCUAGAACGGGUCUGGGCUUUAUAUCAACAAUAAUGAAUGAUAUUGCAGAAGCUAAGGAACAAUUUGAAAUUUCGUUUAUUAAUUCUUCUCAAAAUAUUCCUAUUGUAAACUAUAUGUAUGUUACAUCUUCUUAUGAUUAUUUUAAAAAAAAAUCACUUUCUGAAUUAAUAGGGAACCUUACAACUUAUAUUUUUGCAAUUGAGAAAUACUUUGAGCAACGUCCUACAGAUUGUAAUGCGUUAAUAUUGAUGUCGUUAUUAUUGGAAAUAAGUCAUAACUGGACAAGAUCUAUUGUAUUUUCAUCAAAAGCAUGUACUAUUUUGGAAAAAGAAUAUGAAGAAAAUGAAAAUCCAGGAAUUGUGAUUCAGUUUUUGCAUGCAAAAUCAUGUUUAUCAAGAGCUCUUUUGGCAGAUAAACAAUAUGAAAUGGCUUUGGAAAAUGCACAGGCUGUUCUUGAUUUAACAGAAGGAUCUGAACGAUCUACUAAUCGUCUAUCAUGUCAUUUGGUAGCAGGUAUUUCUUUAUUUUAUUUAAACAGGUUAGUUGAUGCAUUGGAAAUGUUUCAAAGUUGUCUUGUAGAAACUAAUGAACACCCUGACGUCAUUGUUUUACUAUGUAAAAUCCUAUGGGCAAUGGGUGGCGAAGAAGAGCGUGAUAUUGCUCAGCAACAAUUGCUUGAAUGUAUUUCUAAAUACCCUAAUCAUCUUCCUUCUCUAUUGCUUCUUGGUAGCAUUAGUCUUUUAAAUCAAGAUUUCAAACUGGAGAUAGAAGUUUCAAAAUAUCUUAACACUUUUGAUUGGAAUGAAAAAAAAAAAUAUGAUUCUGAAUAUUCUCUUGAAAAGUAUUUAGAAUUAAAAGCGUAUAUUAAGGGUGAUGAUCCAAAAUAUGUAUAUCUUUCUGCACUUAAUGUAUACCCAUCAUCACCUAUAAUCUGGACAAGACUCGCAUCAAUAGACAAUGAUCCGGAUGUAUGUUCAAUGGCUUUAAAAAUCGCUCUAAGAAAUCCUUGUUCACCAGAAACUUUAUCACUGGCUUAUAGUCAAAUGUCGUCCAUUUUUGACACUUUAAAAGCACUCCAUUUAGCACCAUGGAUCGCUAAAUACUGGAAAACACUUGAAAGGUAUAUAUUAUGA